ACGGCUGAUGAAAAAAUGACAUCGACAAAACGACCUCCUACAAAAUCCUUAGCUUCUGUAUUCCAGAUUUUUCAUCUGGUGUUAACAAUUCUAUCGAUAGCAGUUCUUUCGUACAAGGUUUUUCGCCUUGAGAGUGAAUUGUCGUUUAUUCGGGAAGAGCUGUCGACUUCUGAUCGCAAUGGUGACAAGAAAACAAAUCUUCCGCUUUUUACAACCGCGAGAAGCGAGAUUGCGGAGAGCAGGAGUGAUCGAUACCGGCGGCAAAUUAGCAAAUCUGAAAUGUAUGGAGUAAGGCAGAAGAUAGAGAACGCUGUUUGUAUUCGAAAAGCCCUGCAGGAUUUUCAGGUCAAGCACGCAGUAAAUGGAACUGGGAAGUUUAUCUGCCUGAAAGGUGCUCAGGGCCCUCCAGGAAAACAAGGGGCUCGCGGUCGUCGCGGUCGUCGCGGUCGUCCAGGCCCAGCUGGUAAACUUGGGCCACCCGGCGCGAGAGGACCCAGAGGAGCCCCUGGAAUGAGUCCAAAAAUCAAUGUUGCAUACAUUGAGGAGUUGACCAAACGAAUGGAAUCUCAAGUCACAUUAUUUGCUCCUCCUCGGUUCUCCUCCAAGAUUCCCUCCUCAAUUUCUGUCAGAGAAGGAAAUAACUUGUCUCUUCGAAUUUCUGCCUCCGGUAACCCAGUCCCAAAGAUCACGUGCUCUUUACAGAGUAAAAUCCAAGGUAAUGGUGGACGAAUCCUAGUUACUAAUGAGAAGCUUGAGAUGAGGAACGUCAGAUUUUUAGAUCAAGGAAAGAUAGAAUGUCUGGCAGAGAAUGUAUUUGGUACUCAAGUGGCACGUGUGAAACUUAUCGUCUUUGGUCCUCCAAGAUUCUCUAACACACUCCCAGGAAAAGUGACCGGCUUUCUCGGUAAAACGACAAAACUUCUGUGUGACGUGGUCGGCUUCCCCACCCCUGUGGUUGAAUGGAACAGGUCUCCCCCAGCCCCACUCCCUCAGGGUCGCAGUUCAUUAACAAAUAGAAGUAUGUUUAUUGAAAAUAUUAAAAGUGGCGACGAGGGGGUGUACCUGUGUACCGCGAGGAAUGAACAUGGAAUGGUGAUUCAUGGCACCUUUUUGAAAGUCGAAUCAGUCGUUCCUCCUGAGUUCUCCAAAACACCCUCUUCUUCAAUCUCUGCACCGGGAAUUCGAGAAACUCUGCGGAUCAGCUGCUCUGCCAAAGGUUCACCUCUGCCUACAGUCACGUGGUACAAGAAUGACUUCAACGUCAUCAACGUUAUGAAUAACGUCACCAAUGACGAGUUUACAAGCGAGCUUGUGAUUAAUGCCUUCCAGCCUGAGGACCAGGGCACCUACAGCUGCGUCGCUCGUAACGUGUAUAACGAUACAGUAAACACGAAUUCAAGAGUGUUUCUACCCAACUGUGGCAACCCGGUAAAUAUAGCCAAUGCAAUGAUCAUGAAAAGCAACAAUUGGGCAGGAGAAUUUGUCAGGUACCUCUGUCAUCCGGGAUACACCAUGAUUGGGCCCGCGGUGAGACGAUGUUUACCCAGCGGUAAAUGGAGCGGAGAAAAUACCUCGUGUACCGAUAGACAGGAAUGUUUUCAUCACACCAUCAUUGAUGACGACACCAGGCGAGUGGGUUACGAUGGCGCCAGCCACAAGUGUGACGAUAAUCUCAUUGAGAGCUGGUACCGAUUUCUAGAGGGAAGACAAAUGAACACCAACUGUGCAAAAUUUCAUUCCUGCGAUACGGAACGCGCAGGUUGGUUAGUCGGCGGCCAUCCGUCAGCUGAAGAUGGAAGAGUAACCAAGAAAGUAUGUUUCGGCCGAACUGCUCCUUCGUGUACUUGUGCCUAUCAUACCUACAUACAGGUACGAAACUGUGGAUCGUUUUACGUGUAUAAGCUGAAACCCAUUACAGUCUGCAAAGAUACCUAUUCUGCGUCGCGAUAUUGUACCAACUAAGAACACAGAGUAGGGUUGACGAAUGGUACCUAACGAAAAAUUGUCUCGAAAACUUUAAAUCCACCUCAAAAUCUGGUCAGCUUUUAUGAUGCGAAUGUCUUGUAUU